UUCAGAGGCCACACUUUGGCCCCCGGGGCCGCCGCCCACACCUGCAGCACAGCCGCGAACCGGCGCGUCACUCCCAACGGAAACGCCGUGCAGCCCGGGCGUCUGGCGAGGUGCGCGCCUCCUGGCCCCCGCUAGGACGCUUCGCCGCUCGGGCUCAGACGCCCGCAUCUCUCCGCCGAGUGGGGGGUGGGGAUACGGCGGCACCUACCGGGAUCUGCGACUCGAGCCGCCGAAGACCACAUCCCCGCCCGGACGGCGCCCCGGGGCCACAGGCACGGAGGGUCCAAGCGAAACCGGGGAGGCGGGAGGCGCUCCGCCGACUCGACAGCGCGUCCCAGCGCCUCGGGCUCGCUACCUCCCCGCUCUCAGGAAAAGCUGAGCCAGCGAGGACUGUGAAGACGCUGCCAGAAUCCUCAGCAGGUUAGAAAUCCCAUCACCUUGGUUCCCUGAGACUUCGAGGUAUAGGUUGGCGUGUCUUUAUGUGUGUGCGCUGGGAAGGGGGUGUGUGUCUCAGAGACAUGUGGGAGUGCAGCUCCCCCCCAGGGCCCAGCCCCAGGGCCCUGGGGGACAGCUGAAGUAACUAGAAGUAACCAGCCCUUUUGGGUACUUGUAGGAAAGACAGCAAACCUCACUAGCUACUCCUCCCUCUUGGGCAGUUUCUAAAUAUUUCUUUCAAGCUGGUGCCAAGAACACUUUUCCUGGCAAGUCACUAUGUUUCCUGGGACAGUCUCAGCUGCAUCUUUUGUUCUGGCUCUGACCCUUUCCUUGCAUGGGGAGAAGACAUCUAUUUUGCUUGUGGCGGGCAGGCUUGCCUCGUUCCAGGUGCAGCUGGCCUCCGCAUCCUGGCCUGGGCUGCCCACUACAACUCUGGACUUUUCUCAGACCUGUCUGGGAAGGGUAGGACAGCACACCUCCAGUACCUGACCUGUUCUAACUCAAGGCUGUACUCUUCUCUGAGCCUGUGGGCUCCCUUUGCCCCUCUCUAGGCGUGGCAGGCCCUUCACUCGCGUGCGGGAGAGUUGAGCAUCAGGUGGCCUGGAGGUGAUGACGGAGACAGCUUGGUGGGAGCCUGAGGCAGGGAUUGAUAGCUAAUAGGUGGUGGGACUGGGAUGAAGAAUGAAGAGUUUGUCACAGAUUCUUUCCGAGCGUGCACGGGAAGUACCCCCUAUUGGGAGUGGAGCCUGGAAUCUUAUUAACAAACUCACCAUGUGAUCUUAUGCCCACAGAAGGUGGAGAACCUGUUGGUAUAGACACAUUAGCCCCCAUUCUCAGACCCCAUUAGCCCAGAGCAUUCACGUUUAGUGAUAAUAUGUUUAGAACCUGACAUUGUUGAAUUCCUAGCUGGCAAAUAUAUUAGGAUCUUCUAAAAUCCUCACAGUCAUCUUCAGUAAAGUAGGUAUUAUCCCCACUUUAAGAAUGAGGAAACAGAAGCUCAAAGGAACAGCUUCUCAAGAGCUGGUAACUUGGGAGGAGACAGAGCCCCAGGCUUUGAUACACAGUCUGCUGCCUCUUCUGGUCCCCUUGUGGGCAGUACAAAGACAGGGCAUCCUGGGGCAAAGGUGAGGGGCUGAACUUUGAACUUGAAACCCAUUUGUUGAUUUCCACCCCCUUGCUGCCCUGCCCCACCAUGGCCAGAUAAGUAACUUUUUGGGAGGGAGCAUACAUCCUAUCUGGAGGUGGAGUAAGAGGCUCAGAGGAAAAUAAAAUUUCUUUCUGAAUGACAGGAAAACUGGGGGUGGCUUGGGGAGAAAAAGUCACGGGAAACACCAAGCCUAUCAUCUCCAAGAUAGCUUUGAAAGCACCUCGGCCCACGUGGCACUGCCAUGUUAGAGACCACACAAAUUAGGUACUCAAAACAGAACCCUACUUUGUAAGAAGCAAGGAGACAUAAGAGAAGGGACACAGGAACAUCUAGUUAAGUCCUGGCAAGCAGGUGAGUAAGAGAAAGGGUACCUUUCCCUCCUCAGCCACCUCAUCUGCACAGAAUGGGGCAGACCAGGUGAGUGCUGCAGCCUUUCCAGCCGCAGCAGUCCUUGCAGGGUAGACUGCUUCCUGCACACACACACACACACACACACACACACACACACACACACACACACACACACACACACACACACACACCCCACACUGGAUUGCCGUGCACAGAAUCCACUCCAGACACUUUGCAGAGUCAUAAUCAGUGAAAUAUGAUUAACUGCACAAACACUGUGGGGAUGUCUUUCUUAACAAGGAAUUAAAAAACUAGACUCCAAAUGGGAGAGAUGUGUGGAACAAAUUAUAGGUAUUUAUGUAGCUCUGAAUAGCUUUGAUUUCCUUUAGUAGGAACUGACAGCUGGCUGACAGAAAACUCAUCCAGGGAGAGAAAAGACAUGUGAAGUAUGAAAUUUUGAAUAAUGUUUUCAGGUAACUUUCUAUUUCCAUGUGGAGUGGGUGUCUGGAGGGGUGAAUGUAGUUAUGGCUUGAAUUGCUUCAUUUAUCGACAGAUAUUUUUAAUAGGGCUCAUAAUUCUAAGAUCCAGUGCUUUUUACUUCUUUUUCCUGCCUUCCAGUCCCGUGGUAGCUGGGAAUUUCACCAGUCUUCUCUUGUUUUCAGCACACGGCUUCCAAGGUUGGAGCCUACCUGAUCAAUCUGUUCAGAGAAUGAAUCUUUGUUUUCUUGCCUAAGAGAGUGGUUGUCUACUUGGGGUGGGGUAAAGUUCUGGGGGUCCGGUUGUUCUAUCCAACCAUCCUGUCAUGUUCAGCCCCGUGCCUCAUUGCCACUUUCGGUGUCGUUUGGAACCUCCAUGUCCUAAGCUUCCAGAGUUCUGUGGGUAAGCUGGCUUCCUUCUCGUGGGGGCCACCUCCCGGGGGCUUUAUGUUGUAGCCUCUGCUAUGCUAAGGCAGUUUACCACGCCACCACCCGCCUCUGUCUCCACAGCUUGUUUGAAAUUGAUCAUCUGAUAUCUCUCUUCCAGUUUUCUGUGUUCUUCAGAAUAGAUAUCUUUUAAAAAAAAAAACUAAACUGUAAUUUUAGUGGGGCCUUGGGAGAUGGAGAGAGGCACUAAAAGAGUAGAGCAAUAUGCCAUGAUGAAUUACAAGCAAAGUUAAAGACAUUCUAAUUUUAAAAUCAAAAGCAAUUUAUCCAGCUGUUUAAUAAUUAACAUCUUAUAAUAAUGAAGAAAUUAUUGUAUUUGGAAAUUAUAAGGAAAAUGCACUUAAAGGAUAUCUUUUUCCAUAGUUCACUUAUUAGGUUCCAUUUAUAUUUACAAACCAUUAUUUACAGAUUCUAAAAAAACAUUUUAAAUAUUUUAUGUUAUUUAAAUAGUCUGUGGAUUAGAGACAUGAUAAAAAUAAAAGAUGGCUAAAUUCUGAGAUAAAAAUUUUAAAAAGAAGGGCUUCCCUGGUGGCGCAGUGGCUGAGAGUCCGCCUGCCGAUGCAGGGGACACGGGUUCGUGCCCCGGUUCGGGAAGAUCCCACAUGCCGCGGAGUGGCUGGGCCUGUGAGCCAUGGCCGCUGAGCCUGCGCGUCCGGAGCCUGUGCUCCGCAGUGGGAGAGGCCACAACAGUGAGAGGCCCGCGUACCGCAAAAAAAAAAAAAAAAAAAAAUUUAAAAAGAAGAACACCGUGAGUAUGAAGGCACAACAGGAAAGUCUUUUUCUAGAUGUUGUCUGAUUUCAUUACCAGCCCCCAGGGGACGAACGUUUCAUGAUUGUCUUCCACAGAUGGGGAACUCAAGACUCGGAGUGGCUGAGAGAUUUGACCAGGCAUACAGCUAGUAAUUAGGAGAGUCAGGAUGGAAAUCUGGGUCUACCUGACUUUCAAACUUUCUCCAGUUGAACUGCUCUCUGUUUGGAAGGUAUAACUGAACUGGGGAAUCAUUUAUAAGCUAGAUUAUGAGUCUGACUGAAUGUUAAUACAGUAUUAGCACUAGGUGCCCAGUAAGGAUGUUUCACAGGAGGACACAGAAGGCGGGCACAUUUCUGAACUAGGAUCAUUGUAGGCUAGAGAGGUGGUUUUCAUCCCAGGUGGGGCUUACCUCUAUGAAGAGUAAAUAAAUCAACUCAAUAUCGGCAUUUUUGAUGUGCGAAUGGAUGAGGUGAGAUAAGAGAAUGGACUGAAAGAGGGUGAAGGCAUGAAGACAAGGGGAUUAUUCCAAUAAAGUACCGAUUACAAAAUGAGACACCAGGAAACCUAACAUGUAUACACAUGGAAGAUAAAGUACCUGAUAACGUUUUUUUCUGAAAAAUUUAAUGCUUAAACAAUUCAAAAUUGCUCUAUUAAAUGUUAACAAUUUAAAAAGUGAGCCAUCCAGUGGGCCUUAGAAGUCUUUAUAAUGAGCAAAGCGUAAGCCUGUGUUGUUUGUGCUUGACAGCCCUGCAGUACUAAGGGGCGAGGUCUGCCUACGGCCUCACGGUAGAUAUAUUCGCUAGUUGCCACUGGCUAGUGGUGUCACUGCCCAGCUUCCCUGAGGCCCUGGAGCCCAUAGCACCCUCCCUUUCCACAGGACCAGGGCGGGGCCACUGCCCCCCUCAGGCAUCGCAGCCAGCCCCCCUUUUUCUCCCAGAACCUCCUGAUGCCAAGUGUGGGAGGGAAAGUUAUGGCAGGAAGUGGCCAGGUUUAGCACUGUGGAGAAAGAUCUUUACGUGAGGAUAAGUGAAAAGGUUUGAAUGUCUUUCCAAAAGAUUCUUUUAAGACUUUUUUUUAAAAGAACAUUGGCCCGCAUACUAGAAGCUAUAUGAAAGUUUAAUAUUGAAAUCUGGUAUCUGGCAACUGGUUCUCAUUUGAAUAUCUGUUUAUCAAAUGCUACUUUUGGUCAAAGGUGCGUUUACAUGAUUGAUACUGUUAUCUCUUCUUGAAUGGCAGUUCUAUAUUUUAUAUUAUGUUCCAGUUCAUUUCUAUAAGUCUCUUUGCUUUAUUAAACCUAUUUGUAUAUGAAAAAUGCUAAAAGAAAGUUUCUUUUGUGAUCACUGUCUCAUGUGAGCUCUUUGCAGAUGUUUCGCAUUCAGAAUAAACCUCUGAGUUGGGACCAAAUCUGUCAACCAACCCUAAAUUCCUAGGUUGCUGAGUUGCACGUAUUGAUUCUGACUUUUGAAGAUGGAUGAAGGUAUAGAAAUUUCCAGUGAUGAAAAUUCCCUGAUCAAAGCGGUCCAUCAGAGCCGGCUUCGCCUUACAAGACUCUUGCUGGAAGGCGGCGCCUACAUUAAUGAGAGCAAUGACCGAGGGGAAACACCUUUAAUGAUUGCUUGUAAGACCAGACAUGUUGAUCACCAGAGCGUCAGUAAAGCCAAAAUGGUUAAAUACCUAUUAGAAAACAAUGCUGAUCCCAACAUACAGGACAAAGCUGGGAAAACUGCUUUGAUGCAUGCUUGCUUAGAAAAAGCUGGUCCUGAAGUUGUUUCUUUGCUCCUAGAGAGUGGGGCUGACCUCAGCUUGCAAGACCACUCUAGUUACUCAGCCCUCGUUUAUGCUGUAAAUUCAGAAGACAGAGAGACCCUGAAAGUCCUACUUAGUGCUUGCAAGGCAAAAGGGAAAGAGGUCAUUAUCAUAAUGACAGCAAAAUCGCCCUGUGGCAGGCACACGACCAAACAGUACUUAAAUAUGCCUCCUGUGGAUAUGGAUGGGUGUUAUUCCCCAGCCACCUGUGCCACACCUUCAGCAAUAGACCUAAAAACAGCCUCAUUGCCACUAUCACAUUCUUCUGAAACUGAAAUGACACUUUUUGCCUGUAAAGAUCUGGAACCCACAGGAAGCAGUGAUGAUAUGGGGGACCCAAGCUCCCCCUUGAGGAAGCCUUGCGUGGCCCCUAACGGGCCGAAGCUACCUCAGGCUCCACACUGGAUCAAGAGUGCCCCCUCAUUAAAGCACCAGAACAGAGUGGCCUCCUUACAAGAGGAGCUCCAGGAUAUUACUCCAGAGGAAGAAUUAUCCUACAAAACCAAUGGGCUGGCACUUUCCAAGCGAUUCGUCACUAGGCACCAAAGUAUUGAUAUAAAAGACACUGCACAUUUGUUAAGAGCCUUUGAUCAGGCCAGCUCAAGAAAGAUGUCAUCUGAGGAAAUAAAUUAUCAAUCAUUGUUUUCAGAAGGAAAUCAGCAAUGCAUUGGCAUCCCAGUUGACCAGGACCCAGACUCUAACCAGACAAUAUUUACUUCCACCUUAAGAAGUAUAGUUCUAAAAAGAAACUCAGGAGCAAAUCACUAUAGCUCUGAUUCCCAGCUCUCAGCUGGUCUCAUCCCUGCAACUUUAGAUGAUGGCAAAACACUUAUAGGAAAGAAAAAGAUCCUCUCACCAUCUUCUUCUUUGUUGUCAGGAUCCAAAGAAUUGUUGGAGAAUAUCCCACCAGGUCCCCUGAGCAGGAGAAAUCAUGCCCUUUUAGAAAGGCGUGGCUCGGGAGCUUUCCCUUUAGAUCACAGCAUUACACAAACCAGACCAGGAUUUCUGCCACCCUUAAAUGUGAAUCCUCACCCUCCCAUCUCAGAUAUCAAUGUCAGCAACAAGAUUUCCAGCCUUCUUUCUUGUGGUCAAAAAAUGCUUACGCCAACAGUUCCUAUUUUCCCCAAAGAAUUCAAAAGUAAAAAAAUGUUAAGGAGACAAUCAUUGCAAACAGAACAAAUUAAGCAAUUAGUAAAUUUUUAAGAGACGGCUAGAAAAUACAUUUUGUUCACAUGUCUAUACCAGAGAAAUAUGGAACUAGAGAAGAAAAUUCAAACGUUCAUCCUUUUAAAUCUUUUAAGUGGUUAGUCCAUAAUAGUUAGGGGUAUCAAAAUGUACUGUGUAUCAUCAUAUUAGGCACUGUGGAUAUACAAAUAAUAGAUAGCUUUUGCUAAGGGAAUUCUCUCAAACAAAAUUAAAACUAUUUUUUUCAAAACCUUCAAUAUUUAACAGCCUUCAUGUGGUCCAAGUUUUUAAUUUAAACAAAAAUAAGCAAAGAAAGAAGGUCACAUAUGUUGGUGAUAACUUAAAAAAUUUCAGAUUUGCCAAAUAUUUUAUUAGGAAACAUUGUGUUCAAAUCAAUUUUUAAAAAGCAUUUCAUGAUUGUAAUUUUCCAUGAUGCCAACAGCAUAAAAGAAAACAUAAACAGCUAUAAAGUGUUCUAUGAUCAAUAAGCCUAAGCUACAAAGAAAGAAUGAACUAAUUCUUGAAAAAUGUUGACUGCAGGUAGGUGACAAUCUAAUUAA